AUGGAACAAAAUAUUAGUAUUAUAUUUCUAAUCAAAAUUUUAAUGUUUAUCCUUAUAAUUCGGAUGUGUCAUUUUUACAGUGACAUGAGUAGGUUUAACAAAAUUUUGGAUGAAAAUUAUGGUUUUGGUAGAAAGUUAGGUAUACGAAUUUAUCGAUUAUUAGGAAUUUGUAUAGGCGAUAUUUAUCCAUAUGUUGCAGAUUUAGAAUUAAAGAUACCAUAUAAAAAAAAAAAAAAGAACAAACAAUUAUUUAUUUUUGAUAAUGAAAAAUGGGACGAAAAAAAAAAAGAAAAAUUAUAUAGAAAUGCAUUAUAUAAGGAAAAAUUGAUUAAGAAACUUAUGAAAAAUAAAUGUACCAUGCUUCAUGGAUCAUAUUCUCAUUAUGAAAAAAAAGUAAUGAAUGGACUAAAUGAUAAUGCUUUUUUUGAAAAAAUGAUGUUAAUUAAUGAUAAGGAUUACAACAAAUUAAAGCGUAAAAAAUAUGGAUUAAGAAUUUGCUCACUUAUAUUAUUGUUCGUAUUGGUAUUAAUUGUACCUAUAGUAGAUUUAUCAUUAAGUAAUUUUAGUUCUGUAGGUAAAUUAUUAAAUACAUUAUGUACUUUAGUAUAUGGAACAGCAUCUACUUCGGGGCAACAAAUUGAAGGUAAUUCGGGAACUUUUUGGUCCUCUACAUGUCAAUUGAGUAAUCUGACAGGAAUUAAAGUAUUUGGUGUUCUAGUAUAUUGUUUACCUAUCAUAAUAUUGGGAAUUAUACUUAUACUAGGAAUUUCUUCUUAUUAUAAAAAUUCUAUAAAAUAUAAAAAAAUUAGGUUUUUGGAAGCGUUCAACGAAUGGUAA